GCUGAUUGAACAUAUCUAGGAAGUGCAGUUCAAGCUGUGGGAAUACAGCGGCAGCGCGAGUCUGCCAGCUCCGCCGCGGCCACUGAACUACAGCAGCUGAAGCUGGCGAUGUCGGAGCUGCAGACUCAGGUUCUCCGCGUGGCGCACGGUGGUGGUGGUGGUGACGGAGGGCGACGUGGCCAGGCAGGUCGCGGAGGCACCGAGGAUAGAGCGAGAUGGGCCUGCAACAUUACGUGGGCUUCUGGUAUCCCGCUGGGUUCGCAGCGGCUGGCAGCGCGGAGGGUCUCGCCCGCCGACGCCAGACAGAGUCGAAGCACGGCCUUGUGAGCACGCUGGCGAGUACGGGCUACAUCACCCCAGAGAUCACUGGCAUGUUGCCGGGGGUCCUGUCGCCGUCCAAGGGCCUCGCGGUCGAGGACAUCCUGAACGGCCUCGGCGCCCUCUCCAGGAUUCCCGCGACGGGCUGUGGGCAGAUCGUGGCUUUUUGUGCGUUCCGCGAGCUGUUCCAGGACCAGUCUGCUGGCGCCGAUGCCACGGCGGGCGACUUCGGCUGGAAGGUGCUGACGUCCAGCGCCGCCGCCGCCGAGCGGUCGGAGCUGGCGGCUGAGAUCGCCAUCGUUCCCUCGGCCAUCAUUGCGAUUAUCGGCAUGUUCGUCGACAUGUUUUCGAUUCCUUCCCAAAGAUUCUGGUCCACCUGGCUGUGGGUUUUGGGGGCAUGUGCUCGUCGUUGGAAGCUGGGCUACUCGAUAGUAGCUGUCAGCCAGCAGUGUGU